AUGGAAAGUGAAGUAGGAGGCAAAGAAAAGAAGAAUUUACAUGAUAAGAUUUUCAAAAGUAGGCCAACUCUAUGCUGUUUUUGCAUCAAACUUCGUAUAGGUGUAAUAAUUAUAACAGUAUUGUUAUUGCUAUACGGAAUAUGGUGUGCUGCAAUAGCAUUCUCAGGAGUUGAAGAAUUGACUUUUUCAUUUGUAUGGCGUAAUGAUUUAAUUACAUCUUGUGAGAAUGAUAUAAAUUAUUUGAUACCUUCAAAUAGUAGUACUUCAACUGUUCCAUAUGAUCCAAAGGCACCAAAUCAGGCUGUAAUUAAUAAAGCUUGUAAUCAAGUACCAAUUCAACUAAAUUCACUAAAUUCUUGUCUAUGUCAUUUUAAAAGGGGUAAAUAA